GAUUGGUAAUUAACGCCGUUAUAACGACCGCGAUGCUCCGCAUCAGCCCAUGGUUCCCCUCGGGAAGAUGGUGUAAUUUUUUUUUUUUUUUUUUUUUUUUUUUCGGUGAAACCUGGCGACCGCUUAUCUUGCUAAUGCAGCAUUCAAGCACUGCACGAACUGUAUAAAUGUACAAGCUUUUAGACGGUGUUAUGGAUAGUGUUUGGCAUGUUUGGCUUCUGCAAUCGAAACGCUGAGCGGGCGAUCAGGAACACUAAACGAUCUGCGAUUGUUAUAAAAAAAAAACCCACAAGCAUGGACGAAGGAACAAUCGUCUGUUGGUCGUACUUGGUUGCCAACUUCCUUUACCCCUCACUUCACUCUUUGUCCACGCUUUUGAGGUACAAAUAUUUGCGCACUUUACGGCGCCCGUUUAUUUUCCGCCAUGUGUUUCGAUUCUUUCUUAAAAACCAUAGCCUCCUAUAUUAUGUUAAAAACUAACGGGCGGGCGCAGCGCCCGCCUGUUCUAAAGGCUGAAGCCACAUCAACAGCAACAUCAUCACGUUGUUUUGGUCAAGUUUUGGUUUAGCGUCUGGAGGGUCAGGAGUUGGUGGCUGUGGUUGUGUGUGUGUGCCGAAAAAUAGUUUAAUGUUAACGAUGGACGCCGCGCCUUCUGCGAGUCGUACGAGUGAUUCUGUACGAGAGCGUCGACGGAAGAAUUCCGAGGCUAUGCGACGAAGACGUGCAGCCGAAACAGACGAGCAAAGGCUACGGCGUUUGGCAGCGGUAGCGGAUACGAGGCUUCGGCAGCGCGCAGUUGAAAAAACACGAGGAGCGACAAGAACGCUUGGCCAGAGCCGCUAAAGCGAGGCGUCGGAAGCGUAAAGCGGAGUCUCGCAAAGAACGACAACGUGGUUUGGCCGCCGAAGCGACGGAAGCGGCAAGACGGGGCGAUGAGGCGGCACACGGAACGCGCUCUGGAAACUAAGCGGAUGCUCUGGGAGCAGCUGGCGGUCGAGGAUAGACAAGAGCAGCAGCUGCACAAAGCCAACGCAGCGCUGAGACCCCGAAGAGGUUGCUACCCUCCGGGGCCCAAUCACUGCACGCCGUUGCAGUUUGAGUAUUGGGACCCCGUGGUCGCUAUUGCCUGCGACGAAGAGCGCCUCGCCCUACAAGUGUUGCUUGGUGCCAGGGGCAGUCAAAAGACGGGCCUCCGCGUUUUAGCUAAGCUGCUGCGUGACUGUCGAGUAGUGUGUGGGAAAUGCGCGUCCGUCGGCCAGCAUUCCGAAGCCGAAGAGCAGGCAAACUCCCGGGACGGUGUCAACGCAGCGACCGUCGCGAGUGGAUACGGCAUCUCUCAUAGCAGCCAGGUCACGAGGCAGAAUCUUGCCGAUUGCUGUAGGCACAAGUCAGUGGCUGCAGUAUCAUCCACCACAGUCGUGCAAGAGGCUGCUGCUACGCAACGCGACCGCAGGGAAGAUGUUGCUGACAAGUCCACAUGUUGUGAGGAGGGCACGUCCAAAUCGACACAGGCCGAGUUAUUCACCCUGAAGGUCUCCAGGUGGGCGCAGUCCGAUGAUAUCGAAGAAAGGUACGGUGCCUCUCCACAGCCGGAACUGCCACAGCCAAACAAAGCAAUGCCUUUAGUCCUGAGCAAUUCAAGGAGAAGCGACAGUGGAGUCCAGGAAGAAGCAAAUGUUGACGAUGCCACAGAAGGUUACGGCAGACCCAGCGCGGACACUGAUGCUGCUUGCAGUGACGAGAGAGGUAGCUCUCUCACCGUUAAUGCAGGGUCAGCAGCCGUCCCCUAUAGCUGCAGACUUUGCUCACUCAAGUUCAUCGAGCUGGAUGCCUUGGCCUCCCACGUACUGACGUGCCCGUGGCCAGAGCCAUUCCAGUGCAGCCUGUGUUCGGAGAUGUGUAUGGACUGGCGUGCGACACGGCGUCACCUUGCUUCUCACAUCAACAAAGACGCGCAAAAGUGCCCGUUUUGUGAGCAGACCCUCGAUCGUAAGAGUUGGACCUUCAUGAGGCACAUGCAGCGGCAGCACGUGCAUGUCAAGGCGUUCAUGUGCAACUUCUGCUGGGCCACAUUUGUCAUGAAGCAGGACAUUCUCACGCACAGCCGUCGGUGUCGUGCAAAGGUUGACAAGUACAUGAGGCUGACCGAAAAACGCAACUCGCCGGCUCACGCUCAUCCGUACACAUACCAGUGCUCCAUUUGUUUGGACACAUUCGUGAACAUCUCGGUGGCGGCAUGUCACAUGCAAGUUCACAUGAACGAAAUGCAGCAAGAUCACAUGCAAGUUCAGAUGAACGAAAUGCAGCAAGAUCACAUGCAAGUUCACAUGAACGAAAUGCAGCAAGAUCACAUGCAAGUUCACAUGAACGAAAUGCAGCACAAUCAAGCAGAAGAGGUUAUAAAGAAGCACCCCUCCGAUUGCCGAGAGCAGCGGUCAGUGGCAACAGAAUCCACCCGAGUCUUGCAAGGAGACGCAUCUACACAGUGUGACUUCAGAGCACGCAUCGCUAUCAAGUCCAUGUUGUCAGCCAAGGGCUUCUCUAAAGCAACAGAGGCCGAGUUGUACAUUCCGAAAGUCUCUGUGUGGACGCAGUCCGAAGAUCUGGAAGACUGCAGCAACGCUUCCUCAUUGCUCGAACUGCCACUACUAAACGAAGCAAUGCCUCAAGUGCCGGGAAAUUCAAGCAGGACCAGCAGUGAAAUGCAGGAAGACGCAGAGCUUGGUUGUGUCGCAGGAAGUGACAGUGUAUUCAAGGUGACAACGGACGCACCUUGCAGCGAAGGGACAGAAGGCUCUGCCACAGUCGAUGCAGGGCCAGUAGUCAUCGCCUAUGCCUGUGGACUUUGCCCAAGAAAGUUCCAGGACCUGGAUUCUUUGGCUUCCCACGUACUGACAUGCCCAUGGCCGGAGCCUUUCCAAUGCAGCCUGUGUUCAGAGAGUUGUGCGAACUGGAUUGUGACAUGGAAUCACCUCCUCGCUUCUCACAUUAGCAAAGCCGCGGAAAAGUGCCCUUUUUGCGAGGAAACUCUUAAUGGUAGGAACACUAGCACCGCGAACCACAUGCUGCGGCUGCACGUGGGCGUAAAGCUGUUUAGGUGCAACUUGUGCAGGGACACCUUUUACUGCAAGCCGUACUUGCUCCAUCACGUGCGUCGUUGCCACGAAGGUGGUGUCCCGCACGAGUGCGAUUGGUGUGCGAGCUCGUUUUCUGACAAACGUGAUUUGCAGGCCCACGUUCGCCGGCACCUGAGUGCGUGGCCGUACAAGUGUCACGUUUGCUCGGCCACAUUUGUGAAGAGGUCGGACAUUGCUAGUCACUUGCGUGGUCACAAAAUCGAGGGGCAGUGGUUUGCCUUGCAAUUUCUCUCAUGAGGUGGCUGCUGGCCUUGCACGUUUUGAGUGCUGAGAGUUUCUGGCAAGCUUUCAGGUUGGAGUACUUUCGGCAUUCUCAGAUGUGGCGUAGUGGCACCUUCUGAAACCACGUGAAUGUUAUCAAGAGGAAGCUUUACCACAGGUCCUAUUCCAGUUUCCCCAUUCAUAUAGUAGAUGCAAAGCAGAGCAAUGCUCUUAUAAGACAGCUCCUUAACUCGGCGUAAAAAUUAGCAUAGCUUGCACUGGAGGCGCAAUGCUAAAGAAACAGCGGAGCUGAUGGGCACCUAGCUAGUCCCAGUAUUUUCAGAAUUUAUUGACUAUUGAUCGAUUAGCUAUUGAUUGGCUAUCGCAAGGUAUUGGUCACGUAUUUGGGCUAGGCUAAGCACUGCCAAAUCAUCCCCAGUAUUUUUGGGAAUAUAUUGAUUAUUGAUAGAUUAUCUAUUUUUUGGCUAUCGCAAGGUAUUGGCCGUAUUUGGGCUAGGCUAAGCACUACCAAGUCAUCCCCAGCAUUUUCCGGAAUUUAUUGAUUGUUGAUAGGUUAUCAAUUAGCUAUUGAUUGGCUAUCAAUGACUGACUAAGCUUAAGUAGUCCCACCCAUACUUAGCUAGACUUAGCCAAGCUCAGCUUCGCUAAUUCACAGGGCCAUUGCGCUUGGACCCUUUCUGUACUACCGCCGGGAUCAGCCCAUAUUUUUUGUCCGCGACGGACGGACUAACGGCCGGCUUAAGCAACUCCACUGUUAAAAAGGGUAAUUGCAGUUCCGUAAAUUGCAAUUAAAGUGGACAGAUGUGAACUGUGCUCAGACUGCCACGCAAAAUACUGCAACCACGAGUGGCCGACUAUGAUCACAUUAAUUUAGUCGUCCUUGUCGCUUGACAAUCUUGCCUCAGCAGUGCACGCCCAAAGCUGGUGGCCCGUCGUGCCUUCCGUUAAUAUUUCAGAUUCCCAUCACUUCGAAGCUUUUCACGAGUCUCGAGCAGAACCAUACGCCACGUGUAUAAAACUCGUGCCCGCCCUUCUUGCAGGGAUUCCCUCUUAAUGAACCUGAAAGCACGAUACAGUGCACUUCGGUACUGGCUCACCCAAGCUCGCAAUCUCCUGUGAUUGCCAACAGUGCCAUUGUUGUCAGGACUAGUGCCAUGUCAUAGCAGCUGACAGAAAUCAAACAAUGCAUGGGAACGGCAUCCGAGACUGCACUGAUGCACCGGGGCAGUCUCUGAGGCCACCACCCUGGGAAUGCACCUGAUGCUUAGUGAAACUCCUUUCCAAAUUUUCGGGCUAUAAAGUGUUGGCGCAGGCCUUACACAAGGGAGGUCCUCAUGCGAGUGAAUGCAGUAAUACAUCCAUUUUCUUAAUAGGUGCACUUCACAGAGAAGCUGUAUGUGACUAGCCGAAUGAUUCGUCCGUCUGUUGCCUGUACGCAAAAAGGGCUCGAGCGUCGUCUUCUUCCAGUACAGCUGGCUCGUUGGCGCCCCUCAGUGCAACCGCGCUCGUCGUCAUCUUCCACAGCUGGCUCCGUUGCCGCUCAUCAUUCCAGCACAGAAUUUCAAUUCUCUUUGUUGUCGUAAUGGGGAGCCCGUGUUUAAGGAGGUAUGAGCGUGUAACGGUAUGCAGCUUAAAGGGGUAUGAGCCAUUCAUUGUCUUGUGUGACAGACAGAUAUACCGUCAGUGACAUCGUUCUAUUGUUCUCUCCAUCGCAAUUGAUCGUGUGUGUAACCUCAUUGAGAAACACAGAGGACUUGAACCGUCGGGAUUAACCCAGUGAUAAACACAGGGGCCGCACGUUUCAGCUUCACUGGUUAACCACCUGUACAGAGUGCUUGGGCGGUAAUUUUUUUAUCUUCUCAUGUUUUCUCAUCUUUUCUGCCCUUACCCUAUUCCUCAGUGCAGAGUAGCCAGCCGGACACUUAAUCUGGUUAACUUCUCUACCUUUCACCUCUUGUUUCCCCUCUCUAUAAAGGGUGUUUCACUUAACUUGAGCCAAACUUUAAAAAUAUGCAAAUGACAUGUAGCUGAACCAAACCAAGGUAAUGUUGUUUUCCAUUGCUUGGAGAUACUCCGAUUAUUUCUUGCAUUUUGCCUAAUUACAUAAUUAGUCUUAAUUAUUAAACUUCUGUUAUAAUUAGAUGAAUAGUGCCAAUGAGAAAACUGUAGAGCAACACGAGAAACUCCCGAUACAGCUUUCUGUGGCUCAAUACGUGCUACAUAAGUUUCCGAGCAUGAAAGAAAC